ACCAUCAGCCAUUCUAACAAAACAAACCGAUGUCUAGUCCAUGAGUUGCUACAUUUUACCACGAAAAUUGUUGUCAUCUUGUGUUUUUAAUAAUUGUAGUUAUGUUCAUCGAGGGAAAACUUGUUGCUCUACCUUGACCUCGUAUUUGAAGCAUUUUAUUUCCACAAGCUCAGAGGGAUCAUUGAAAUUUGGACUCAAAAUGGCAACUUUGGAAACUCUUCACAUGGACAACUUAGCGCUGAGGUCGUUGCCAAUUGACCAGGAGCUGAAAAAUUACGUAAGGCAGGUUUCAGGAGCAUGCUUCUCUCGUGUUGAGCCAACUCCGGUGGAAAAUCCCUCAACGGUGGCUUUUUCUAGCAGUGCAAUGUCUCUGUUGGAUUUAUCAGAAGAUGAGUUACAGCGAGAUGACUUCGCAGAAUUUUUCAGUGGAAAUAAGAUAUUACCUGGCGCGGAACCAUCAGCUCAUUGCUAUUGCGGUCAUCAGUUCGGAUAUUUUUCUGGUCAGCUAGGGGAUGGGGCGACUAUGUAUCUUGGUGAGGUGGUGAAUGGGAGAGGAGAAAGGUGGGAGAUGCAGUUCAAGGGUGCUGGUCUCACGCCAUAUUCCAGACAGGCAGAUGGCAGAAAAGUGCUGCGAUCCAGCAUACGAGAAUUUCUUUGUAGUGAGGCAAUGUACUUUUUAGGAAUUCCAACCACAAGAGCUGGUAGCUGUGUGACUUCGGAUACAAGGAUAAUCAGAGACAUAUUUUAUGAUGGAAACCCUAUCAGGGAAAGAUGUACCAUUAUUCUAAGGAUUGCCCCAACAUUUAUCAGGUUUGGCUCUUUUGAGAUAUUUAAACCAACAGACCCAAUGACUGGACGUAAAGGCCCAAGUGAGGGACGUACAGAUAUUCUUACUCAGCUUCUUGAUUAUACAGUUCAAACAUUUUUCCCACAGGUGGUCACAGAUGACAGGGAGGAGACAUACUUUGCUUUCUUCACAGAAGUUGUUAGGCUUACUGCAAGACUUGUGGCUCUGUGGCAGUGUGUAGGAUUUUGUCAUGGGGUGCUUAACACAGAUAACAUGAGUAUUCUUGGUUUGACAAUUGAUUAUGGUCCAUUCGGAUUUAUGGAUCAUUAUGAUCCUGAGCAUGUCUGCAAUGCAUCAGAUGACCAAGGCAGGUAUCGCUAUGAGGCUCAACCUGAGAUCUGCAAGUGGAAUUUGUUCAAGUUAGGAGAGGCUAUUAAAGACGCACUUCCUUUGGAAAGGUCAAAGGCUGCUGUGGAAGAGAUCUAUGAUGUGGAGUACAAGCAAACCUAUAUGAAUAAAAUGAGACUAAAGCUUGGCUUAUUGAAAAGAGAGCUACCAGAGGAUGAGGAUCUGGUGAAAAGUCUUUUGGAAACUAUGCACAAGACAGGUGCUGAUUUUACCAAUUGUUUUAGAUGCCUCCACAGAAUCUCAUUGCUAAGUAGCACUGAAGGCGAUGACAGUGAUGAAAAUGUUCUGGAGUACCUAUUGUCCCAGUGUCAAACAGUGGAUGACUUGAAGAAAGCUUCAAAACCAUUCCUUGGGGCAAGAGAAUUUCAGAUGCUGAUGACACUUCUUCAGACUAGCCCCAGUCUCCUGCAGCAAUUAGGAAAUGGAGCAUCUUUGAUUCAAAAGGAGCUAGAAAGGAGAGAGAGGGUUCAGCAGAUGAAUGAGUUAAAACCUGAUGAAAAGAGAGGCAAAGACAGGCAACUGUGGAAAGAUUGGAUUGAUCAAUACAGGUUGCGUCUUAAUGCAGAUUUUGAAAAUGGACCAGAUCAUGAGAAAGCAAACAAGGAGAGAGUUGAAACAAUGAAAUCUAAUAAUCCAAGAUUUAUCCUCAGGAAUUAUAUUGCUCAAAAUGCCAUUUCUGCAGCAGAGAAGGGAGACUUUACAGAGGUUCGAAGAGUUCUAAAGCUUCUUGAAAACCCUUACAGUGACGACACUGACACUGAACUAACCCAACAGUCAAAUAGAGAGAGUGGCUUCCAAGAGGCAUCAGAAGCAAGCUGCAGUGCUGAGGAAUAUUUUAGUUAUGACAGUAAACCACCAGGUUGGGCUACUGAUUUAAGGGUGACCUGAUCAUCAUAAACGCCUCACUACAUGAAUGAGCCAGUAACUAAAAGCAACACACAUUUCCUUGUGAGUAGGCAAGUUACUCCACUUUCAGGUACUUCCCUUUUUGGGGAAGUCCAUGCGUGAGAACUUCAACUUGACCUAUCUACAGGGUUUAUUAGAUCUGACCUUGCCAUGAUAGUGUUGGCAUGAAUAUGAGCCACAAUCUGCUACAAAUAUUUAACACAAUUUUGGCAACGGCAGUGAAACUUCAUCAAUGUGGAAAAUAAUGUAAAUGAAGUGUUGUGUUCUGCUCAUUUGUAGAGAAGGCAUUCAGUGACUUUCUUUUACAUGGCAUCAAACCCCAGGCUUAAAUGCUAAAAUGCAUUUAGCUUAUGACAGUACAAUUUAAAACCAGAUGGAAGAUUGUACUUGAAGUGUGCCAGGAGAUUGAUGUUACUACUAAGAACAAAACCAUUUUGUAAUUUGUUCAUAGAUAAUAGAUUUUCAAACAAUUUGUUGGUAGAAAUGUUGUUAUUGGCAAGAGAAAGGUACAUAUAAAUACCAUUCAUAAUAAAUUAUCAAUAAACA